AUGUCUUUACAAUAUAAUAGAAAAGAUUCGUUUAAAAGUGCCUUAAAAAGUGCCUUAAAAAGGGGAUUAAUUAAAGAAUUCAAUUAUAACACAUUUAAAAAUAUAACAGAAAUCGCAAGAGGCGGAUAUGGUACAGUCUAUCGGGCUAAUUCAACAGGUUUAGGAAAACAUGUUGCAUUAAAAAGUUUGUAUGAAAAUGAAAAUAGCGAAUUAUUUUUUAAAAAAUUUGUGAAAGAGUUAACAAAUAUCACGGCUGUAAAUAACCAUGACAAUAUUAUUAACUUUUAUGGAGUCAGUAUAGAUCCUUUAGAAGAGACGUACUACCUAGUGUUGCAAUAUGCUAAAGAUGGUAACUUGCGGACUUAUUUACGAAAUAAUUUCGAAAGUCUUAAUUGGAAAACUAAAAUUAAAAUGGCUAAAGAUAUUACAAGUGGUCUACGCUGUAUUCACGAAGAAAAUAUUGUUCAUAAAGAUUUAUAUUCAAAAAACAUUUUAGUUCACGAAGGAAGGCUAUUGAUAACAGAUUUAGGGUUAUCUCAAUUAGUAGAUGCCAAUUCAAAAUCUAUGGGUGGUGGAGUGGCCGCAUACACUGAUCCUCGAUAUUUACGAGAUCAGAUGAAAUAUAAAAGAGAUAAAUCUUCAGAUAUUUAUAGUUUGGGGGUUCUUUUUUGGGAGCUAUCAAGUGGAAGACCUCCAUUUCAUAAUAUUCCACCUUUCACAAUAUAUAAAUCGGUUACUUCCGGUGAAAGAGAAAAACCUGUUAAUGAAACCCCAAGAGAUUAUAUCGACAUAUAUUCAAGUGCAUGGGAAGAUGAUCCAAAUAAAAGACCAACCGUUGGAGAUAUUUUUAAAUCUCUCGAAAACAUCAAAUUAGAAAAUAUAUAUGACGAAACUAAUGACAAUCAUGAUAUUCAAUUAGACGAAACUAAUGGCAAUCAACAUAUUCAAUUAGAAGCUAAUAUUAAUAACCAAUCUCAAACUUCAACAGACGCAUUCAGUAGAGACUCCAUCUCUAGUGCUUCAUAUACUACAUCAAAUUGGAAGGAAGUUACAGGUGACGUUGGAGAGGCUGUAAAACCUUUUAUUCCAUUGAUUGAAGCUGUAACUCUCGUGAUUUCGGAAAUUAUUAAAGUCUAUGAAGCUGCUCAGUAUAAUAAGAAGAUCUGCAAUUCACUUAUGGAUCGUGUAAUUGCUGCCGAGGCAGCCUUCAAAUCUUUAAAAAGAAGACAAACUGAAAAUGAACUAAAUUUUCGUAAUCAAGAAUAUUAUUAUUCAUUUAUUCGUUUUAUCGAAAUUAUGAAGCGAAUUAAAAAUUUUAUGAUUGAUAUAUCGAGCUUAUUCAAAUAUCAGAAAUUCGUGCAUUCUGGUUCAGUUAAAGAUAGAUUUAAUUCACUUGUUGAAGACUUUGAUGUAAUAAUGACUGAAUUGCAUUUUACAAUGGCCUUUACUAAUGAAGAACAAAGGAGAAUAGAUCAAUCUGCUCUCGAAUCUGAUAUUUCAGAUAUGACUAAGUUCUUGGAAAGAAUAGGUGGUGGUAUAAUUGACGAAAAUAAAAAAAUCAAUAUUGUUCUCCGUGAAGUAUCAUUGAUGAGAGAGAAAUUGUAUUAUUCGGAUGUUUCAGAUAAAAAUAUUAAAGCAACUGAAAUAGAAUCAACUGAAUUGAGUGAUCCUUUGACGUUAAAGCCAACGGAUGGCCGAGGGAGAAAUCGUCAGGUUAUCAAAAAAAUAUAUCAAAAUUUUGAGGUCGCCUGCAAGCCAAUAAAUCUUCAAAAUAAUGACCCUAAAGAAGCUGCAAGAAUUCAAGGACAUCUGGCUAUAUUAGGAAAUUUACGAGACUCACCCAACAUUAUCAGAUUUUAUGGUCUUUCAUAUAUAGAAAACUCAGACGUUACUGUAACUGAAUGGGCAGAAUAUGGCUCUCUCAGAGACUUGUAUUGUAAAUUUGACAUUGCAUUGCAUGGAAAAGUACAAAUAGCUCUUGGUAUUUGUCGUGGCCUUACAUUUUUGCAUUCUUGUGAUAUUCUUCAUCAUGAUAUUCGAUGUGAACAUAUUAUGAUGGCUACAGGCCUGGUACCAAAAAUUGCGAAAUUUAAGUAUUCCCGCGAGGCUUCUGGUCCAACAACUGACAUGAAGGGUGUAACAGAUAUUACGCAUUGGAUGGCUCCCGAAAAAUUGCGUGAUUCUACAAAAAAUCAUGUUCCUUAUACUUUCAAAUGCGAGAUUUUCAGUUUUGGUAUGUUACUCUGGGAACUUGUUUUCGAAAAAAUGCCAUACGAAAGUUGGAAUAUAAUGGAGAUUAAAGAACAUGUAUUGGCUGGUAAAAGAGAAAGAAUCACGUUGAGAGAGGCUCCUCCAGAUGUUCAAAAAGUUCAAAAAGGAUUGGCAAAAAUCAUCAUGUCUGCCUGGCGGGACGACCCAGAAAUUAGAGCAUCUCUCCAAAAUAUUUAUUUUAAUUUGGAUCAACUAGCUGAUGAGUAUUGCUCACCCGACAAAGAAUGUGCUCCUGUACUUUUAUCUGUUAAGCCAUUAGAUUUAGAUGGAUCUUUAUCUCGUGUAGUUUCUGUUAGUGAUGAAGGUGGUUUUGAUUUACUGGACAUUAAUUUUAAUAUUGAUGAAAUAUCGCAAAUAAUUCCUCUCGAAGAAGGCAUUGCAGAACACAGGAAGCGUGAACAUGUAAAGGCUUGGGAGUGUUUUUUAGCACACGCAGAUUUAGGUAAUGCAACUGCAAAAUAUUGGAAAGGAUAUUACUUGUGGGAAGGAAUUGUAGUUGAGAAAGAUCGUGAACAAGCUAGUAGAUUGUUUAAAGAAGCAGCUGAUGAAGAAAUUGCGGCUGCUCAAUUACGUUAUGCAAUUUCAUUAAUCAAUAAUCCGCUAGUAAAAUUUGAUCGUGAAAUCUUUUUGAAAUAUUUAACCAAAUCUGCAGAUAAUAAUAAUCCUACUGCACAAUUUAACUUGGGAGAAGUAUACUUGUACGGUAAACUUAAUCAAAAAAAGGAUGAAGAAUUAGGCAUAAAAUAUUUGAGAUUGGCUGCUCUCAAUGAUCAACCUAAAGCUAAAGAGCUUUUAAAAAAAUUAGGAAUUGAUAAUUAA